CCCAACCCAAACCCCCAUCCCCUCUUAAAAAAAGUCCCAGGAUUUGGCACUAGAMAGAGAAGAUGCAGAACCUAACAGUGAAAACGGUGGAAGGGAUAAAUCUGACAUGCGGCAUGUCUGGAAAUCACAUCAUCUUCACCCUGGUGCCCAUCGUGUACAGCUGCAACUUUAUCCUCGGCAUCAUCGGAAACAGCAUGGUAGUGGCUGUUAUCUACKGCUACAUGAAGCUCAAAACGGUGGCCAACAUUUUUGUUCUGAACCUCGCCGUGUCUGACCUCACUUUCGUCAUCACUCUCCCAAUGUGGGCGACGUCCACAGCCAUGGAGUACCAUUGGCCCUUCGGGGGAUUCUUGUGUAAGACCAGCGCAGGUCUGGUCAUUUUCAACCUCUACACCAGCAUCUUUUUUCUCACAGCUCUCAGCAUGGACCGUUACCUGGCCAUUGUGCACCCGAUGCAGUCACGGCGCUUUCGCACUGUGGUGUACGCUCGCAUCACUUGUGUACUGAUCUGGCUGUUUUCUUUAGUGCUCAGCAUCCCCACAGCCCUGACCAGGGACGUCCACAACAUUAAAAACUCCGAGACCACCGUGUGUGGGAUCCUGCAUCCAUCAAAAGAAAAUGAGGAGAAGCUGAAAAACCUCCUUCUGGCCAUCAGCCUUAUGAAAAGCCUGCUGGGCUUCCUUGUGCCGUUCAUCAUCAUCAUCACUUGCUAUUGCCUCAUUGGGCGGGCGCUCCUGCGGGCRAAACGCAUCCAAAAGACAUCCCGCUCCCGGGACGACGAGGUGCUGCGCAUGCUAGCUGCAGCAGUCCUCGCCUUUUUCUUGUGCUGGGUGCCCCACCAGGUGUUCCACUUCAUGCAGCUGCUCACUCAGCUCAUGCCCGGGGAGAACUGUGCCAUCCUGGAAAUCAUCGACACCGCCAUGCCCUUCACCAUUUGCAUCUCCUUCUUCAACAGCUGCGUCAACCCCAUCUUGUACAGUUUUGUGGGGCACAGCUAUCGCAAAAACUUGAUGCGUCUUUUGUGUUGCUCCUCGGGYAGAGGCAGGAGGGCUCACCCGAGCAUCAGCUCCAAAAUGAGUGCCCUCUCUUUCCGUGCCACUGAAGCGUUGAGCCUUACAGUCAAAAGUAAUGCUUCCUGUGAGGUUAAGUGACCAAAACUGAAACCAGGAUGGAAACAGGCCGGGUACAGUUUCUCCUUUUGGUUUUUGGGUUCGGAGGCUUGAGAUAGUGACUUUCCGUGUAUUUAAAACCCUCAACAAGCACUGAAACAUUUAUAAAAAUAUGGUAUUCAUGGGCUUCUGUGAGACCAAUGGAUGAUCACUAUUACAUGUUUCAUAACAUGCUGAUAAAUCUUGGGCAAUGCUAAGUAUGUCCAUGUCACUGCAUCAAAAAAAGCAAAUCUGUCUUCUACAAAAGACCAUGCUUGAAUGAAUAUCAGUUAUCCAGUUAUAUAUGCUGUAAUAGAUGUUCUGGAACGUUUUCUCAGUACUGUGAGGUAAUGUAUUGUGCAGUUUUGUGAGCUCAGCAGGUCCUUCACAGGUUUGAACAGUGAUCAAGUGCAGAAAUUCACUUCAGCGUGUUCUACCUGCAGCUGCAUUAAAGGAAAAAAUGAAAACAUGAAACAGAAUGUUGUGUACAUUUACAUAUGUAAAAUAUUGGACUGAAAUAACUAGUGCCCAUUAUGUUAUGUGGUAUUAUCAAGUCUUUGUGAAAAUGUAUAUAUGUCUGGGAGUAAMAAUUAGAGAGGCACACAAACUCUCCGGUUGUUAUUUGUAUAUGUCUAUGUGGUAUUUAAAAGUGUUGAUGGUUUAUUUUUGUUUUUUGCUUUUAUACUCUUGUAAGUGUACAUUUUGUGAGUAUAUGAAAAUAUAAAUAAAUCUUAAAAAUAUCAGA